AUGAGCAGCACCGUGCAGACACAGGACUUGCUGGACGCAAAGCGAGACAGGCAAGAAAGAAGUUUUACGGGGCACCGGCUUGGCUGGGCCCGGAGGAGCCACCCCCGGACGGCACUGCCAGCUGCUGGCUCUGAACCUGCCUCCAGCCACACGCCAGUAUUUGUACAACGUGACCAGCCUGGCUUCUCUGUCAUCGCCUGUGCCAGGCUGCGUUACGGCCCUGGGGGCGAGGAGCCGUUGGCUAAUGUUCGAUGGGCGGCGCUGCUGCGGGCGCUGCUCUGCCUCCUUCGGCGGCCGGCGGCUGUGCUGCGGGCCGGGGGCGCCGGGACCCACGGCUGCCUGUUCGACAGGAGACUCUGCUCCCAGCAGGAGGUCUGUGUGCAGGAUGGCUUGUUUGGGCAGUGCCAGGAGAGCGCGGCCCGUGACAGGCCCUACUUCCAGGUCACCUCGCCGGUGCUCCAGCGCCUGCAGGACGUGCUGCACCGCCUCACGGCACAAGGGUUGUCGUGGCAGGAUGACAUCACACAGUACGUGAUCUCCCAGGAGAUGGAGCGAAUUCCCAGGCUGCGUCUGCCCCCCGCAUGGGAGCCGUCGGCCAAGGAGAGGUUCUCCCCGCUGCAUGCCGCUCCCCGGAUGGCCCUGUUCCCAUCAGAGCCCGGCCAGCUGGGCAGCACCCUGCAGAUGGCUCCGCGCCUGCCGCCCUCCAGUGCCAAGAAGUCCCCGCGCCUGGAACUGCAGCCCCCACUGCCCCCCGCCCUGCUGCAGCGAUACCUGGAGCUCCUGCUGCUGGGCCCCCUGCCUGAGCUGGGCUAUGAGGAAGGCCUGCUGCACCCCUAUUCAUACCACAAGUUUGGCUACCAGGAUGGUGCACGGCAGCUGAGCCCCAUCCAGGGCAAUUCGGGCAGGCAGAGCCCUGAGCCCCCUGCUCUCCUUGGCAGGGCCCCUGCUCAGCCCUCCCAAGCCCUCUUUGGGGCCAGCCCCAUCCCUUCCUAUGGGGGGCAGCCAGGGCUGGACGGAGGGCAUCUCUUCCAGGACCUAGGCAUGCUCUACCUGCCAAGAGAGAAGGCGAGCCGCUUGGCCCCUGCCAGCACGAAGGCCCAGCAUGGCCAUGGGCUCCCCCCGGACUACGCUGAGCCUGACGAAGAGAACAGACAGCAGGAGCCAGCCCUGGGUCCCCAGGUGCAGUCAGAUGCAGCCCUGCAGAGACUUGUGGCGGUGCUGGCGGACUACGGGGUGGGGCUGCAGAACCUGAGUCCGCAGCAGCUCGGCAGCCUCUCUGCCCUGCUGCAGCUGCUCCAGCACCCCGGUGGGUUUGGCCAGGAGGCUCCGGAGGCCAAGCGGGUGAUGGAAGGGGAAAUGCAGCAUGGAGAGGAGCUGGAGCCGCCCCCCUCCACGGUGCCUCCCCCUGAGAAUCCAGCCAAUGCCGCCUCCCGGACGGAGGGGCCAAGACGGGAGGAGACAGCUGGUCCGGCGCGGGGCAGUGCCAGGCCUACGUUGGCGUCCCAGGCUGAACUGCAGGCCCCGGGGCAGGCUGCACCCAGGGACCCCACCACAGGGGACGUGCUGCAUCUCCACAAGCCGGUCCCAGUGCAGAAGAAGAGCUACACGGAGCCCAGGGGCCAUGGUGGGAAGGGGGAGCAGCCGGAGCCCCGGCCGGCCGAGGAGUACGGCUACAUCGUCACCAACCAGGAGUCGCUAGACUUCACUGCCGGCGUCCGGCUGCUGGAAAUCCUGGCCGAGCACCUCCACCUGUCCACAACCAGCUUCAUUAACAUCAGCGUCGUGGGCCCAGCUCUCACCUUCCAGAUCCGGCAGAACCAUCAGAACCUGUCGCUGGCAGAUGUGACCAAUCAGGCCGCGACGGUGAAGUCGGAGCUGGAGGCUGAGCUGGGGCUGAAGAUUGUGCAGACGGGUGUGGGGCAGCGCAAUGACGCCGUCCCGUACCCGCACCCCUCGCACUUCGGCGACACCUUCCACUCCGUGCUGCUCACCUUCCUGGCCCUGGCCUGCGUGGCGGGCGCGGUCAUCGCCGCUGCCAUCGUGGUCUGCCUGCGCCAGCACGGCAAGCAGCGCGAGAAGGAGCGGCUGGCGGCCCUGGGGCCCGAGGGCAGCGGGGACAGCACCUUCGAGUACCAGGUAGGGCCUGGGGCAGCGCCGGGGGGGCCCUUAGUUAGCACAGAGACGAGGUCUGCUCAACCCAGCCGGUGCAGAGACGCCCUGUUCAGGCUGUCUCUGAUCUCCUCCCUUAGCUCCCUGGGGAGAGCCACCCGCCAUCCCUGCUGGAGCUGGGGGGACUCCGGAUGGGUGCUGGGCUCAGUAAAGCCUCCUGCUUCCUUCCCCUGCCCGCGUGGCCUCUUCUCUGGGUGCGGGGGCUGCCCUCCCCACGUCCUGUCGCUCGCCUGGCUGGGCACUGCCCUGCUGCUCGCCCGCGACACUGACCACGUGCUGUGCCCGCAGGCCUACAUGGAAGACCACCUGAGGAACCGCGAGCGGCUGGCCAAGGAGUGGCAGGCGCUGUGUGUGUACCAGGCUGAGCCCAGCAUCUGCGCUGCCGCCCGCAGCGACGCCAACCUGAAGAAGAACCGCAACCCUGACUAUGUGCCCUACGACCACGCGCGGAUCAAGCUGAAGGCUGAGAGCAACCCUUCCCGCAGCGACUUCAUCAAUGCCAGCCCUAUCAUUGAGCACGAUCCACGGAUGCCGGCCUACAUCGCCACGCAGGGGCCUCUCUCGCACACCAUCGCCGACUUCUGGCAGAUGGUGUGGGAGAAUGGCUGCACAGUGAUCGUCAUGUUGAGCCCGCUGGUGGAGGACAGCGUCAAGCAGUGUGAUCGCUACUGGCCUGAUGAAGGAUCCUCCCUCUACCACAUCUACGAGGUGAACCUGGUCUCGGAGCACAUCUGGUGCGAGGACUUCCUAGUGCGCAGCUUCUACCUGAAGAACGUGCAGUCGCAGGAGACCCGCACUCUGACCCAGUUCCACUUCCUGAGCUGGCCAGCAGAGGGCAUCCCCGCCACCACCCGCCCCCUCCUGGACUUCCGCAGGAAGGUCAACAAGUGCUACCGGGGUCGCUCCUGCCCUGUUAUUGUGCACUGCAGCGACGGGGCGGGCAGGACCGGGACAUACAUCCUCAUCGACAUGGUCCUAAACCGAAUGGCCAAAGGAGUGAAGGAGAUUGAUAUCGCCGCCACGCUGGAGCACGUCCGUGACCAGAGGCCUGGCAUGGUGCAGACUAAGGACCAGUUUGAGUUUGCGCUGACGGCCGUGGCAGAGGAGGUCAAUGCCAUCCUGAAGGCGCUGCCGCAGUGAUCCGGUCACCUCGCCUCCAGUCCCGUCAUGCCCGCCACCUCCCGGGUGCCGCCCCGUGUGCUUUGGGCACCCGCUCGCCCCUGUAACGUCAUGUCUGUGAUGCUGGUCGUCUCCCCAGGCCCCCCUCACCCCUUCGUGCUGCCCAGGCCUCGUCUGGCUGCCAGCUCCUGCAGGAGCAGCUGGGCCCAGAGGAGGGGUCCGGCUGAACCCGCUAGAGGAGAAGGGGCUGCACCAACUGCUCUGAGAGGUUAAGAGGGGACCGUGCUGCCCCCCCACAUCUGCUCCUGCAUGCCCAGUGCCCGCCUGCCCUGUGUACAGGUGCCCACGCACAGCCCCCACCACGGGCUCCUCCCAUUCAUCUAGUCACAGCCCCACGGGUGCCCAGGCCCUGCCCACGGCCAGGGAGAAGUCUGAGCCAGUGCGGGGCGGUUCUGAGCUCUGCCAGGAGCCUGCACCCGCUGGGCAGGAUGGGCCUGGGGGGAAGCUCCCACCCCCCGCCCCCCCCCCAGCUCUACUGCUCCAUGCCCUGCCUGGGGGGCACUGCAGCUCUUGCCAGGCUGGCCCCAACCUGCCCUCCCCCUGCCUGUCUCAGUGCCUGGGGGGUGGACCCUUCCUCCCACGCUUCCUGGGCCAAGCGGUGAUCCAGCUGGAGCAAUCCUGGCCAGGCCGAGCGUGCCCAGCUGGGCAACCCCCCCUGCACCCCCUGGGUCAAUCAUCGUCAGUCAAGAAGAGAAAUUUCUAGAGAAAUAUAAUUUUGUAUCUUGAUGUGAAUAAAGUUCUCGUGUCGCAUUUGUGCAGCUGCA